UAGAAAGGGGCCUUGUCUUAAUCAGAUUAACGGAUUAGGAUUGUUUAUGAAGAUUACUUUAUAACCCAGAUUGAGAGGGAGGAGAGGGAUUCUUCGGCAAGGUUCCAGGGGUAGAGGACAGCUCCCUGUAAGCAGUCAAAAUGCCGGUGAUAAAUGUAGAGGAUCUGACAGACUUGGACAGAGCUAAAAUGGAAGUAACCCAGCUUAAACUUGAAGUCAAGCUUGAGAGGUGGCAGACAUCUAAAUGCUGUGAGGAGAUGAAGGACUACAUUCAGGCUGGUGUGGAGGAGGACAUCCUGGUCAAAGGCAUUCCAGAGGAGAAGAACCCCUUCAAGGAGAAAGGUGGCUGUGUCAUCUGCUAGACUGGACCUGAGGAGCUUUUCAUAUCUCAGAUUAGCACCUCACUAGUGCCCAAGGACAUUCUCCCUGCCCUCAUAAAACGGAUUAUCAUCUGCAGACAGACACGACUAGAGGAAUAAACAAAGAAUGAGCCCAUGUGUAAAAUUUCAUGAGUUCCCAUAUAAAUUAUUCCCCAUCUUCUGGCCAGAUUUGUAACCUCGUGAUUUUAUUCUUUGAAAAGCUGCAAUAAAUAAGAGUUGUAUUGGGCAAGCAAUGACAGAGCUUUGUUUGAUGUUUUUUUUUUUACAAUGCUUCUCUCUCAUGUGGUGUGUAUAGUCUACGCAACUGGUCCCAUGUGUUGUUUCACACACAGAAGCUGCUGUCAUUAAAUGUGCUUGUUUCCAACCCCU